GGUCGGCGACUCCCAGGUUGGUUGAUGUCAACCUCACUAGACAAAGCCAUCCCUGAUCUGGCAUAUUUGAGAUUUGAGUACCUCAAAUCAUGCACGUAACUGCCUCCUCUAGGCAUGUUGCCCCUGCUAAAACAUCUUGACAUCACCGGCGGUGAAGCCAUCAAAACCAUUGGGCCUGAGUUUCUGGGCCGCAAGUUCCCUGGAGCUUCCGCAUUUCCAAAAUUGAAAUAUCUGGAGUUUCACGAAAUGCCCAACUGGGAAGAAUGGUCAGUAUGGGGGAUGGAAGAAAAUGGUCAGGGACCGCACCUCAAGCUCUUUCCUAAUCUAAAGACGUUCAAGAUGAUAGACUGUCCCAAACUGAGAGCUCUACCAGAAGGCCUAUCCCAUGCUACCAAUUUGAAGGAAUUGUAUCUCGAGAGAACUCAAGACUUGAGAGAAAUCACAAACCUCCGCUUGAAUUACAAGCUCGAGGUCAAAGAUAACACGAUGCUGAAUAGAAUAUCCGACCUUUCCAUGAAGUAUCUGAAGGUGGAAGAUUGUCCGAAUCUGGAGUACGUGGAGAAUCUCGACAGGUUGCAACAGCUGGUCCUGAUAUGUCCACGACAAAUGAAGCAACUUCCGCAGUGGCUAUCAACCCUAAUUCAGCAGCGCCAAAGCAUUCCUUCCACUCAGUGGAGCUUCAGAAAACUGGAACUGCAAUGCAACAAGGUGUUGCUGAAGAGCUGUCUCAAGGGCAACGGGAAUUGGCAUAACAUUCAACAGAUUCCAGAUGUCAUAAUUCAAACCUAUUCCAGGAAAAAGUAUAUUCGAUAUAGCAAGCAUCCACCCAUGUACGAUGCAAAAGUAUGAUGAAUUCGUCAUUCCGGAUCAAUAAAAGGCCUCUGCCCGGUUAUUCUACUUAUAGAUUUAUUGUGAAUAAAGAAGCUAUUUGGAGCAGGGAUUCGAUGAUGUUGUCCUACUAUCAAGACUGUAUGCUUGUUUGUUUCCUUCUACGUUACUUACUUGUGUAUUUGCACCUACGCAAUAAUUUAUCUUUCCAAAAGAAUUUAGAACAAAUGAUGUGGUCAUGUAAAUAGUAUGAAGGCGUUGUCCAUAGGCAGUAGCUCAGCAUGAAGAUGUUGUCACUGAUCCAUAUACGGAGAUGGCACAGGGAGAUGAUUGACAAGAAUCUACGGACAAAUUUUCGUGCCUCAUCGCAAGUACAUUAUUCUUCCCUUUUCUCUUGUUGGUUGCUUUUAGCUGCUUAUAUUUUUAGGUUUUAUUACUACAUAAAGUUCUCGAUGUCUCUCUUCUUCAAAUGCUUCCUU